GCACUCUAUGACGCUGCUUGCCCAUCCGGAGUUGGAUUUGUGAACCUCGGGACCGCAUGCAUUCUCAGCUACUAUCGAACGGUAAAUUAUUGCACCGCGCACCAGAUUUGCGAGGCCGCGUCAUUCACCACUGGUUAUCGCCUCUAUGUGGUCGGUCGUCAAGUGAGCCAAGUUGCGACAAGUUACGCUAGUAUGACAAUCAAACCGACUAGUAUUACUGCACUACUGUACCGAUCUGGUGCCGGACGAGCCAAUUGGUCCGUGGGCGAUCCGGGUUAUGCGACAUUUCUGACCAGUGUGACUGAUACGUCUAUUCCAUGGCUCAGUGGCCAGUUGACCAAUAUUCAAGAACGCGUUGGCAUGCUGAAUUAUUCCAGUCUGUACGAUGCUACGCAGAAUGCGUUGAACACGUACGUGGUGGUGUGUCAAUUGUCCACUGUGUCACAGGACAAUUCGUUAGAACUGUUCGGCAAAGAUUUACCAACCGUGAUGGCCUCGCUGUUCUUACCGGACACAGUGAAUUUCGGUUGCUUUGACUCGACCACUGCAAUCAGUCUCCAGUCGUGUGCGUAUAAGAGAUUGUUGGCUUGCUCUGUACGUGGAUUCUCUGCUCCCCAACUCGUUGUCCGUUUCGGCUGGCACGUGGGUCAGAUAUCUUAG